GUUAGGUUGAACAUCGUGCUGGGUGGUAUGACACCUCUGUAUUUCCACAUUGUCAACGUGUGUUUGCACUGCACCGUAACCUGCCUGCUGAUGCACGUAUGCCAGUGCCACGUGUUUGAAAACCGCCGCCUGGCCUUCGUCACGGCGCUCCUCUUCGCCGUGCACCCCGUCCACACCGAGGCUGUGUCUGGUAUCGUGGGUAGAGCUGAUGUGUUGGCCUGUCUGCUGUUUUUGCUGACAUUCCUCUCCUAUAUUAGGAGUGUGAGUGGGCGUGUCUCUGAGGACUCGCUGGCCUUCACGGUGUCGUCAUCUUCGCUGUUCCUCAGUUUGCUGCUGGGCACCUGCGCCAUGCUGGUGAAAGAGACAGGCAUCACCGUGUUUGGAGUGUGCUUGCUCUACGACGCCCUGGUGCUUUGCCGCAAGCCUCUCAUGUAUCACCUGUCUAGUUCUACACUCAGGGAGCUCCUCCACAUCUGUAGCCCCUUCAUCAAACGAGCCUGCCUUAUCACCGGCUAUGUGAGUAUUUGUGUGUGCAUAGCUUUGCAGUGUAUAUAUACCGGUUGUAACCUUAGACAACCAAGCAUCUAUUAUAUCUUUGUCCUUUUCUUCUUUUUUCUCUAACUCCACAGGUUUUUAACCUACUCAUAUUUGCUGUCCUUUAAUGCCUGGUUGCUGCUGGCCCCCAUUUGUGACUGUGCUCACCUCUCUCUUUUUCCACAGAGGCGAGACAGUAGGGAGGUGUUGGUGGGAUUGUUGUUUCUGGUGUUUCCCUUCAUUCCUGCCAGUAACCUGUUCUUUAGGGUUGGAUUUGUCGUGGCUGAAAGGGUUCUCUACAUGCCGAGUUCUGGUAUCCAGACGCUGCCUCACAAUGCCAAAGUCCACUACAACUAUGCCAACUUCCUGAAAGACACCGGUCGGCACCCGGAGGCCAUUCACCACUACACCACUGCCCUCAGGUUAUACCCCCGUCAUGCCAGCGCCAUGAAUAAUCUUGGCACUUUGACUCGCAGCCCAGAGGAGGCAGAGAUGUACUACAGGAAAGCACUGGAAACCAACCCUCAGCACAACCGAGCUCUGUUCAACCUGGGAAACCUCUUUAAUCGUUCCUCUGGUGUUGACUUUGCUGCUCUGACUCCUCACCUGAAGAGCUCAAUUACUAAUCUUGGGAAACGCUUUUCUGAAGCCAAUGAAGUUUAUUUAAAAGGUAUAGAGAACUGUCCCGACAGCUCCGACCUGCAUAACAACUACGGCGUGUUUCUGGUGGACACGGGAGAAGGACAGCGGGCAGCUGCUCACUACCAGCAAGCUGUGCGACUCAAACCGGCACAUUACGUAGCCAUGGUAAACCUGGGCCGUCUGCUCCGAUCGUCCAAUGAGAAUCAAGAAGCUGAGUCUUGGUACAAAAGGGCACUGCAGGUGACGAGGAAGGUGGACAUUCUGACACCACUUGGAGCAUUAUACUACAACACAGGUCGCUACGAGGAGGCUUUGCAGGUGUACAGAGAAGCUGUGGCCCUGCAGCCGGAGAGCACCGACAUCUGGCUGGCUCUCGCUCAGGUUUUAGCAAUGGCUGGUCGCACCAAAGAGGCAGAGAAGAUGAUGCUCGAUGUCAUAUCCAGAAAAGGCAACUGCAUAGAGUGUUACCGCCUCCUGUCUGCCAUCUACAGCAAGCGUGGCAACUACACAGAGGUAGGUAUCUGCUCUACAUAUCCUCUUCUCUAUCACCAGAGUUACAAGCUUGCUGUUGAGCUCAAACCGGACCAAUCACAGGCCUGGAUGAACAUGGGAGGAAUUCAGCACAUCAAGGUAGAAAAGACACAUUUAAGAUCUGACAAUACAACUGAACACUCCUGACAAACUUCACAUGUGUCUGCGAGCAUCAGCAUGUACUGUGAUGUUUGUGCUAUAUAAAGUUCUGUCCACUCUACCUCACUCUCUAAAUCACUACUGGGGUGGUUGCCCAAGAUGUCUGCUGGCUCGUACUGCCCAAGUCGUCCACUACAGAAACCAUGUUAGAGGCUGACCAGCAGCUGUCCUUGGGAAAUGGGCCUUGUUGGACCC